ACCUGGUAUUUUUGGGCCGGUCAUAUAUGGCAUAGAGUCAUUGGCAAAAAUGCGUAUUCGACAGUACGACAAGUAUGUGCCGUAUUUAGCUGGGCUCCAUAACCCAUAGCUGACUGGGGAAGGGAGACCGCUCCUGGAACACGCUCGGCUUGUCGCGACUGUUUCUCUUUGGUAACCGGUGGCGGUUUUUUAUCCGUACAAGCGAGAUGAGGUUGGUUUUGUGGACGGUUUGUUUGCUGCUGGUGUCGGGAUGGGGCGCGCUGGCGGACGAACCGGAUAGCCCUGAGGACGAGUUCAUGUUCCCACCCUGGGACGGAGACAACCGCAUCUUGAACAUCGGACAGAAGAACUUCAAGAAGGCCGUGAAGGACAGCGAGGUCCUCAUCGUCUUGUUCUCGGCCGACUUCGACGAACACUCGGAAGGGGACACCCAGGAGGAGGUGUCGGAAUACGCCUUACAGGUCACAUGUCAAGUCUUGGAAGACAGGGACGUCGAAUGUGGAGAAAUCGACUUGGAAUCGGACGCAAAAUUAGCAAAACAAGAAGGCGUUGAUGAGCACGGAACGAUACUUGUUUACAAGGAUGACGAGGUUAUCGAGUACCUGGGACACAGAGCGCCGGAAAUCCUCAUCAGCUUCGUGGUUGAUCUCUUCGAAGAUGCUCAUGUCGACAUCAUCAAGGGCAAGGCUGGGAAGGAAGACUUCGACGAUGAUGAUGACGAAAUCAGAGUUGUCGGCUGGUUCGAGGACAAAAGCAGCAAACACUUCAAGGAAUUUGAAGACGCCGCUAACCACUUCCCGACUGUCGAGUUCUUCGCGACCUUCGACCCUAAGCUUGCCAAGCAGCUGAAGCUGAAGGACCUGAACGACAUCCUGAUCUACAGGCCGUUCGAGAAGGAGCCGGUGGAGAUCGAGGACGACGACCCGCACGGGCUGGAGGAGCACGAGAUCGAGGAGUUCAUCGAGGCCAACAUGGAGCCAAUUAUUGAGAAAUUCACGCUGGAAGAUCUCCAUCGCGUCUGGGACGAGGACGAGGAUGACCACAUGAUCGUGUUCUUCGCUGAGGAGGACGACAAAGAGGGUAAGCAGUUCCUGAAGCUGAUCGCGCAGCUCGCACGCAAGAACGCCGAUGAGAACUUGGACUUCAUCUGGAUUGACCCUGACGAGGUCCCAACGCUGGAGGACUACUUUGAGGAGGUCUUUGACAUCGACCUGGAUGAUCCUCAGAUCGGCGUGGUGGACCUGGAUGAUAACGACAGCGUGUUCCUGGACCUGCCUGACGACGGUCUGCCGACCCUGGACGAGCUGCAGGCCUGGGUGGACGACAUCCUGGACGGGGACAUCGACUAUGACGACGAUGACGACGAUGAUGAUGACGAUGACGACGACGAUGACGACGACGACGACGAUGAUGAAGACGAAGACGAUGACGACGAGGAGAGUGAAAAUGCCACUGAAGCGAAGACCAAGAAAGCGGCCACUGUCAAGAGACGGAAGCUCCUCGCCAUAGAUGACGACGACGAUGAUGAUGAUGAUGACGAUGAUGAUGAUGAUGAUGACGAUGAUGGUACUCUACGAUACAUUAUGCGGCAAUUUUCUGUUUUAUUCAGUGAUGACGACGACGAUGAUGAUGAUGACGAUGAUGAUGAU